UUUUUCCAUUUGAUAAGACCUCAGUGACGUUUGAGUUGGUAGACAGGGUGGUCUAAGCAGAGAGCUGACAUUGUCCUUUUUUAAAUCACAGUUACUGCUACACAGCUAACAGUAGUUUCUCAUCCAACUCCUAAUUUGCUCCUUUUGUAAACUUGCACUGGUUGAAAAGAUGGGAAAUGCAGAAAGCAAUGCCUAUCGGAACCACCUUUCCAGAUUUCUUCCUGAGGAGCAGUCUGAUGUUGAUGGUGUAUUUGAUAGCUUAUCGGGAUCAAGCGGCUCAGCAGCAUCCAAAAAUGGAAAAGCUAUGAAGAAAACUGUGACUUUGGAAGCACUGAAGGCAUAUAUGCGGGAACCAUUACCAGAGCAGAUGACUGUUCGGUUGUACAACGGAAUGAGAAGCAUUGACCUGACUGGAAAAUCGUCUGCGCUGAGUGAGCAGAUUGCUAAGGAGCAGUUUGUGAUUUUUAUGUCCAACCUCUUAAAAGGGAAUGCAGAUGAGAAGAUUACCAUAAUAAUGAGAAUGAUCUCCACCACAGAAGGGCCUGUGAAGGGCAAGCAAAUCCAAGAGUUCACAGAGGAUCUGAUCAAGUCUGUAGUCCAUGUACUGAGCUACAGGAAGGAACUGAAAGGUUGGAAUUUGGAGAAUACUAGGGAUUCUGCAAGUGGAAUAAAGGCUCUGUCUUCUCAGCUUCUGUCAGAAUUGAAACUUGCAGAUGGGACAAAAGCUGUGAGUCCCCAGCUGAUGGAGAUGAAUUUUGAUAGAAGUGUCAUUGAGGACUGGGUGUACCGAGUUCCACAAAUCUCAGCUUUCCUCAGCGUUGUUAUCAGGCAAGGCCUCCAUGUUCUGCAUUCUCUCCCAGACCAAACCAAAGACAUAGUCAACUUGGUUCCAGGCUGCAAAGGCAUCAAAGGAAGAAUCGUCAGCCUCUUUGACAUCCCAUCCGUCAUGUACAUCAACUCCCAUUUGCCUGCAGAGCUGCAGCAUAAGUGGCGCCUUUUAUUUUCUUCUAAACUUCACGGAGAAAGCUUCUCCCAGCUGUGUGCACACAUAGUGAACAAAGGUCCCUGCAUUGUGAUCUUAAAGGAUGUAGAUGGCUAUAUCUUUGGUGGCUUUGCAUCUCACUCCUGGGAGGUGAAACCACAGUUUCAAGGUGACAAUAGAUGCUUUCUGUUUUCUGUUUUUCCCUCUCUUGCUGUAUACACAUACACAGGAUACAAUGACCACUACAUGUAUUUGAACCACGGCCAGCAAACAAUGCCAAAUGGACUUGGCAUGGGUGGACAGCACGAUUACUUCGGACUCUGGGUGGACAGUGAUUAUGGGAAGGGACACAGUAAAGCAAAGCCUCGAUGCACCACCUACAACAGCCCUCAGCUGUCAGCUAAAGAGAACUUUACCCUGGACGCCUUGGAAGUUUGGGCAGUGGGAGACAUGCCUGAAAGUGCAGAGACUAAAGGUAAGAAGAGCAUCCUGGAUGUAGACCCCGAGGCUCAGGCCUUAUUAGAAAUGACUGGAAAAAGUCGGCACAGUGAAGGAUUACGAGAACCCAUUGAAGAUGAAGAUGAAGAUAACUAAAGGAGUUUGCUCCUCGAUGUUAAUAUUCCUCUUUUUUUGUUCCUUAUAUUUCCCUAAUGAUCUGGGGCUAACCUUAAGCCUUACGCUUAUGUAUUUAGGUUCAAUACAAUAUUCUGUCUAAAGGGUUUUGCUUAGGGAGGACAGAAAAAUUAGCCAGAUACUUCAGAGACACCUAAUAAUUAAGUUCCAGCUGAAUAUGAAUAGCAUUGCUAAUAGCUCCUACCUGCAUACUGCAUUUAAAAGCAAGUUACUGACAGUACUGCGUACUGACAUGAGGAACUGAUGUGUAGUUACAUGAAAAAACGCAGACAAGACUUUGAUUAAGGCACUUAUACCUCAACAACACGUAUUUAUUUGUGUGCAAUGAAAUUAGUGCAAAUUGUCAUUGUAUCUUUCGUUGGUAAAUGCAGAACAGUCCUCAUGAUUCCUUAUGAAGAAUGUUAUUAAUUUGCACUGCUCCAGUUCAAGCAGUAAAUUUGAGGUUUUUCUAAGCCAGAUUUGAAUCAAGUGACUGCAUGGGCUGUAAGAGGGGCAGAACACUUGAGUAUACAGCAUCCAGUUUUAUGGUAACGCACUACAACGUAAUGAAUUUCACUUCAUAUGUCUCUGCAGCAAUUUACCUAUUGCUUUUUAACCAUAGUGAAACGGAGCUACCGGAGUCAUUCAGUCACAUUAAUCCUAAGAAGGAGCAAACCCCAUGCUCCUGGAACAAACGUACCUCCAGCAGAAAUUCCCUAGGGAAGGUGCCUUCUUUAGUGGCCUCGCUUCAGUGGUGUAGAUGAUGAAACUGUAAAAUGGAUUAAGCAAGAAACAUCCACAGGUAAUUGUGAAUAAUAGCUGCACAAUAAAUGAAUGAAAGUCAGGCUUGUGCCUCUAAGUCGUGUAAGGAAGACUACCACAAGUUUUAUUUCCUUAUAAUCAGUCAUCAUUGCUGUAUUGUGAAAAAUAUGACAGAAGCAUGAAACCAUCACUUGCAGGUGGGGAUUUUUUGCUCUGUUUUGCUGACCAUUCACCAAUCGAGAUCUGUUUUGCCAAGUCUCCACUCAGGGUUUUUCCUACUCGAAUGCAUUCGCAUCUGAGAGCAGUUUUUAGCUGGACCUUGUUAAUUCUCUCUGUAAUUAACUUAUCAAAAAUAACCCUCAUUUCUACCAGGGAGCAUAAUUUCCACAGGUUGUGUUUGGUUGUUAGGAUAUGUGACUGUCAGUCUUUCUCCUCCCAAGCAAAAAGAAUGCAUCACAUUCUCCCUGUACAAACGCAACUUUGUCACGGAAAAGAUCUGAUUUUCCAUGCAGUUUAGAGCACCACACAUGCUCUAACAAUCUGUAUCAUUGUUGGGAUUCUGAUCGUGUGGCGUUCAUUCAGAUGCUUUCCUUUAACAUUUUCUGGUGUGCUUUCUUUUUGAAAUCCCAAGUAAUCUGCAAUUGUGCCUUCGUGUAGAUCCCCGUUGUUUUAAAUGUGAUAUAAAUGAGUUUGUCCUUGGGAGGACAGCACAAAGAGAUCACUCCAGCCAUACAGCCUGGAACUCAGCUGUGCAUUCAGUUUUAAAUGGCGUACAGUGGGAACUGCUGUGCAGACAGCAGCUCCUUGCAUGAUGCUUUCUGAGCGUGGUGAUGCUGACUUCUGUUUUAACACAUUAUUAUCAAACUCCCACCUUUGCUUAGGCACUGUCAAUGCUUAGAAAGAAAUGAGACAUAGCUGAAUUUCUGCAAUUACACGUUAGGUAACCUACUAGGCUUCUUUUUCCCCCCUUAAUGAGGCAGAGACUUUUUCUUGAAGACAGAAACCACCUGGAAGGAUAUUUUAAAAACAGCAAGCAGGGGAGGGUGAAUUAGGGCAGGGUGAAUUGCACAAAGCAGCUCUUCACCGAAAAUUAUUACAGUGGCUGAGUUUUCUUUGAUUGGAACUGUGUGCCAGUGGAGCUGGUUCUUUCUAGGCUAUGAAUUGAAGGUGUAACCCUGUUUAAAUACCAGCUUGUGGAGGCUGCCAUAGCAUUUUGACCUCCAAAAUUCUGUUUUAUGACAAGUUUAUGUCUGAGACUCUUAUCUUCACUUUAAAGUGUUAAGCUGGAGCGGGAAGAAAACUGACACUAUGGCACUUGUAGCAGAUGUCAGCAAAGCACUACUUAGUAGGAAACUACCGUCCCAGCCAGCAGCUGGGAUUGUUCAAGUUUGGCAUGGAGGAAUCUCAACUUUUUGUUUUUUGCCAAACCUAAUGAUUGAGCAAUGCGUGUUUGCACAUCAAUAAGCGUCCAGAAAAUGGUUGUCAGCAGCGGGCUUGAUCUAAACAUCUCUCACUUUUACAGUUGUUGAUCCAUCUCCAAAGCUCACCAUCCCUGGCUUGGCAUGCUGUCACCUUCAUUCCCACGCUCCUGCGAGAGCGAGUCCCUUCCCCACUAAAUCCAUCCACCACCGUGCACCAGGUCAGCCAACCACGCUGCUCCUGCUGGUUACAGAGGGACAAAAACCACUGCAGCGUUCAGCAGAGGCUGACAGGAGUGCUGCACUUCAGCCCUCAACUCUGGGUUUGAAAUCUCACCCCAGAUUCCUUUAGAGUCUUGGUGAAUCCAAGCUAGGGCUCACGGAAUCUGGAAACACUGUAGAUUGGUGAUAAGAACUGCUCACGAAGGCAGUUCUUUUCUGUUCAGCAAAAUUUAAAAUAAAAAGAUGGGUCCAAAUCAA